AUGCGAAAUCGCUGCUCAUUCACAAAUAAAGCCUAAUAGUUUCCACUGCAUCCCUCUCUUACGAUCAAUAGGAAACGUUCCUGUGAAUGUUUAGACUGCGGAUUGCACAAUAAGAAAAUGCUUUAUGUCACUACAGUAUUACCUUAAUUUCAACCUUAUCAACAUAUUAUUACUGCAUUGAAAGAAUAGAAUGAAAUAUCGGAGUAAAGAAAGCGUAUGAAGUUGAGGAAUAAAAGAUAUCUAAUCCAAAUGAAAAAUAUUGUUGAAAAAAUUCAAAAACAAGAAUAUAAACCAAAAAAAAGACAAAAUAGACAUCACCAUACUGUAUUUUACAAUCAUUAGGCUAACGCAUCUAAUCCAUCUAGUCUUUACACUAAUGAGAUAGCCUAUACCCCUUCAGAACCUAUUCAAAGUUCUUCUGUUCUUUUUCAUAGGUACAAUUCUUUAACCCCUCAAAAAUAUUUUACUGAUUAAAAAAUUAUGAAAGUGUAGAAAUUCUCUUAGAAACUCAAAACGUUCUAUUUGCCCAUUACAGCUCCUUUUGAAUCACAAAUCAUAUUGAGAUUAUAAUUAUUAUAAGAUGGCAAAGUCAAAUUAAUAAAACAAAGUGGUUUUUAGGAUGAUUUCACUGUUAAUCUUAGACUGAAUAAAUUCUAAGAAGAUGAUAAAAAGAUUGAAGACAAAGAAAUAAAAAAUAAAAUUACCCUUCCUACUUUACAACAGGAGGAUGAAGAAGAGGAGUUAACAGAUGAAGAAAUUAAUAUGAAAAAAUUGGCAAGUUAUAAUAAAAAAAAUGCUUAUAAAAAUAUUUUGAAAUAUAAUCCAAGAACCCUUCAAAGCUUGGUCGACAAAUCAUAGUUAGGGUAAAGUAAGAUAAAAGCUUAUCCUAAACAACUUAAUUAGAAUCAUAUAGCACUUCUCCAUAGAUCUGUAACAACGAAUAUGUCUCCUUUCAAUAAUUCUAGUAUUAGUAGAGCUUCUCCAAUAUCGUCAAUCUAAUUAUUGAGAGAAAAGAGAAUAAAGCCGAAACUCCUUCCAUUAGAAAAUAAACCAUUAUCAAAGUUUGCACUUACUCAUAAUUCCCCAACGAAGUAAUCUAACACCAAACUAAACCCUAAGAAAGGACUUCAAAAAAGUAUUUUAAGUAUAUCUGGAAAGAAAUAGAACAAAAACAUUAUUUUUAGAUAAUUGAUGAUAUAAAUUUGA